AUGGAAAUUAACCCUUCAAAGUCUGCAACACAAGAUCAGGUGGAGACGAUGAUGAAGGUCGACAGGCUCCCCGAAUUCUACGGGGUCUAUAACGACGUCGUUCAAUUGCCCCAUACUGAACUCGCCGUCUCCGGUGCAACCAAUGUGUUGCCACAUUUCGGUUCACCUUCACCACCGCCAUUUAUAAACCUGCCAACCACUGUUUCUUUCGCCGGUUCGACUCUGGUUCAGGAACCAGGAGCCGCCACCCUGGGUUUCUUAUCUUCCCCGGGGAGUGCAAGUGGUUUCGCCGCACCAUCCGAAAAGAAGAAUUCGAUGGCAGCAAUGAGGGAGAUGAUCUUCCGAAUGGCAGCAAUGCAACCGAUUCAUAUAGACCCUGAAUCGGUGAAGCCACCGAAGAGAAGGAACGUGAAGAUAUCAAAGGAUCCUCAAAGCGUGGCGGCCAGGCACCGUCGGGAGAGGAUUAGUGAGAGAAUAAGGAUACUUCAAAGACUUGUCCCCGGCGGAACUAAAAUGGAUACAGCAUCGAUGUUAGACGAGGCAAUUCACUAUGUCAAGUUCUUGAAGACGCAAGUGCAGUCAUUGGAGCGAGCUGCGGCUAAUAACAACAGGCUAAGUACUGGGAUAGGGUUUCCUGUUUCAAUGUCGAACGGGAGUUUUCUUCCAUAUCAAUUACCUCCUCAACAGCAGUUUGGAGAUGCUAAUUAA